CUUCUCCCAGCUCUGGGUUCUGGAUUGUACCUGGUAUCUGUCGCCGUGUGACUCGCUGGUGCCUGGACACCCAGCACGAGGGGGGCGCUCGCCGGAGUCCCGAAAUGGGGUUGGUGUCAUUUGAGGAUGUAGCUGUGGACUUCACUUGGCAGGAAUGGCAGGAGCUGGAUGCUGCUCAGAGGACCCUCUACAGGGAGGUGAUGCUGGAGAACUACAGUAGCCUCGUGUCCUUGGGGCACUGCGUGACUAAACCUGAGUUAAUCUUAAGGUUGGAGCAUGGAUUCCAGCCAUGGAGCAUAGGAGAUACUUCAGUCUGGAGUCUCCCAGGUAUUCUUGAAGUGUAUACUCCAGAUGAGAAUUGCCUGGAAAAUCCAGAGAGUCAUAUGUGGCCAGUGGGAAGCAUCAACAGAAAUCUUUCAAAUAAAGAGAUGAUUGAAGCAGAAAUGAAGGUUGAACUGGAACUUCAACGAGGUACAAAACCCUAUGAAUGUAAACCAUGUAUGAGGAUGAUUAGCCUGCCGUCGCAGCACAACAAGCAGCAUGCAUUCUAUCCAAGUGUGAAGCCGUACGAAUGGAAGGAGUGUCAGAAAGCUUUCUGUUACAAGUCAGCACUCACUCAACACCAGCGAACUCGUACAAGAUUGAAGAUCUAUCAAUGUACAGAAUGCAGGAAAGCUUUCCCCUCCAAAUCAGAACUCACUGUGCAUCAUAGAAUUCAUACUGGUGAGAAGCCCCAUGAAUGUGAAGAAUGUGGUAAAGCUUUCUAUCGUAAGUCAACCCUUACAGUACAUCAGAAAACUCAUAGAGGAGAGAAACCUUAUGAAUGUAAAGAGUGUUGGAAAGCUUUCUAUUAUAAGUCAACCCUUACUGAACAUCAGCGAAUUCAUACCGGCGAGAAGCCUUAUGUGUGUAAAGACUGUGGCAAAGCUUUCUUCUACAAGUCAAACUUAACUCGCCAUCAUAGAACUCAUACAGGGGAGAAGCCUUAUGAAUGUGAAGAGUGCAGGAAAGGUUUUUCCUCCAAGUCAGAGCUCACUUCACAUCAUAGAACUCAUACGGGUGAGAAGCCCUAUCAGUGUGAAGAAUGUGGUAAAGCUUUUUACUGCAAGUCAACCCUUCGUGUACAUCAGAAAAUACAUACAGGUGAAAAGCCUUAUGAGUGUAAGGAAUGUCAGAAAUCUUUCUAUUAUAAGUCAACUCUGACUGAACAUCAGAGAACUCAUACAGGUGAGAAGCCCUAUGAAUGUAAAGACUGUGGCAAAGCUUUCUUCUACAAGUCACAGUUAACUCGCCAUCAUAGAAUUCAUACAGGGGAGAAGCCUUAUGAAUGUGAAGAGUGCAGGAAAGCUUUCUCCUCCAAGUCAGAGCUCACUGCUCAUCAUAGAACUCAUACCGGUGAGAAGCCCUAUGAGUGUAAAGAAUGUGGCAAAUGUUUCUGUCGCAAGUCACACUUAACUCUUCAUCAUAGAAUUCAUACAGGUGAGAAGCCCUAUGAAUGUAAAGAUUGCAGAAAAGCUUUUUUCUGCAAGUCAGGACUUGCCCGACAUCUGGGAACUCAUACACAUGGUACAAAUACAAAGAAUAGAGAAAAGCAUUUUCCUGCAACUCACAGUUCAGUCAAUAUCAGAAAUGAUAUACAAGUUAGAAACCCUGUGGCUAUAAAGAAUGAAGAAAAACUCUCUACUACAAAUCAGUCCUCAGUCCAUAUGAUGGACUUCUUAGAGUUGAGAAGUCCUAUAAAUGUGCAUAAUGCAGGAAAACUUACCUUCUUAACUCAUACCUCAUUCAAUAUGAACGAACUCAGGUGAGACACACUAAUAACGUAGCGAAGGCUAGAAAGUGUGCAGUCAAUCAGGAUAAUUUGACAUCAGAGAAUGCCUGUAGAAUGAUUACAGCAAAGAACUGCUAUAAGGGAGACCUCUCUCAACAUGAGAAGAACGUUUUAUCUGGAAAGAACACAGGAAAGCUCUACCAUAGUUAUCUCAAUGUAAGCAACUUACACAUGUAAAGAAGCUUAUGAAUUAAAAGCCAAAAGUUUUGAAUGGUAAGUCAGGUCUCUAUUGAAACCUGCAAUGAAAAACCCUGAAAAUGUAUAAAAAUCAAAAAACAUUUCCCACUGUACACUACGAUAUAUGUACUAAUCUUGAAAAAUAACCAUUCAAGGGACCCUUAUAAAGAACAUAGGAAAAUUUUGAUAAGUCAGAUCACAUUUUGCAUCAAAAAAGUCAUACAGGUGAGAGACUGUGUACAAAUAAAUUUGUCAUGUGUAGUGGUACUUGCUUAUGUUCAUUUUCAGUGACACAUAGAUAUUCAAGACUAGGAACAUCAUACCCUCUCUAACUCUGGGUGAGCCUAGAGUGUUAUAAGGGCAUGUGUAGAAAUGUGAUGUAGUUCAGAAAUGCUGUUGAGGCAUGUUGGAAAUGACUGAUUCUGUAUCUGGUAGGAGGCACUGGCUUAUUUUGUAGGACUGCUAAAGUCACUGGUGUUCUGUGUUUUCUGAUUCUCACCUCAUAAGAGAAUAUGUAGUAAAUCUGAUAGUCAUUUUAAUCUGACAGUCAAUGACAUAGGGGUCCAGAAAUUAACAGUACUUAUUUUCUGAUCUCAGAGAGUGGUAACAUUUAUAUCAAAUUAGUAACACAAGAGAGAUCAAGGUACAUGGGUUUCAUACCACACUUUGCAGAUACAGAAGAAAAUCUAGACCAGUGCCUAAGAUAACAAACCAAGUGAGUAUUAGAGCCAGGAACAAAUAUCCUAUCUCAGCUCAGUGUUUCUUGUACUAGUCCUGCACCAUUUUAUUUGACCAGAUUUAUAUAGUUUGCUGUUAGUGGAUGAAGGGAGAACAGUCUUCAUUAUCAUUUUCCAACUCUGGCAGAAGAGAAUCAGUGUUGUGAGUGGCUGUCUUUUAAGCGAAGCAACAUCCAUCUCGGGGAAUUCAGCUGUGUCCCUUUGCAGAAGCUCAUCCCAACUGGGCUUAUUGAUGGUUUAUACUCUCUUCUCUUGGCAUCCAACUGUUCUCUACCAACUAACAGCUCUGCAGACUUCCUGGGAAAAAGAUUUAAAGUGCCAAGAAAGACUAGGGAAGGAGCCACAUCCUCCAUCUAUGCUGUUUUGGAAAAAAAUCCCAUUUCUGCUGAGUAAGGCUUUCCAAAUUUGGCCCACUAGGGGUGGUGUACCCAUACCCUUGUAAGUAACCCUACCCACCCUCUGUAAGGAAGUCAAAUAAAAUCAUUGGUUUAUUUAUGAA